GCCUUCUUGAAUUUGCCACCAUUCUGUGCCGAUCCGUUCACUCUAAAGUGCAAGAUUGCCUGCUGCAGAAAAAAAAACACCUUUCCUCUCGAAACUCUUUCUCACGGCCACAAUCAAGCACAUGAGACCUGAUGCGUCUGAUCUGCCUCCACUCCUAUCACCUGGGCUGCUGGUGCCCCUAGACCCUGUUCUUUCAAGAAGAAAUGGGGACUACUUAUUCCUGAGACCUUGCCAGGACACUCUAGUGGCCACGUUUGCUGCUCCCGUCUUCCAGUCUGUCCUCCUGUCUGACAUUUCCAUUGGGGAAUUGUAAGAAAAACCAAAGUGUACCGACUGAGAGAUCUGCUGCCUAAAGCCCUCAAACACCCUGAUGCUUAAAUCUGUUCAUCUAAAUUUAAUCUGGACAUUUAUUGAUCCAGCCAGGCAUACCACUGGGACCCCUACAAGAAUCCUGGGCCCUCUCCUUGGGCCCUCUCCUUGCUACAAUACGCGGUACAUGAAACCUGAUGCCUUCUUUCUGAUAACCCCUCCUAAGGCAGUCCCAUAGUAACCUGCAGCUCCUUCCUUCCUCCUCUUGCUGCUUUCGCCUCUAUACCUCCUUCAACCCGCAGCAUCCAAUCCUCCACAACACUCUGAUCAUACAGGAGCCAACACUGCUCCCAACACUUGGAGAAGCCAAACCAGUUCACCCCAGCAUCUUCCGGUAAGAUUUUGCUCUCUAGAGUGUCAUU